AUGAGAGUCCGAAGUCUGACUUUUAUGGUCUCUGUAUCACCAGAGAGAAAAGAGACGGGCAAAAACAAACAGAAGGCCAUCAUUUCAGGGCUUCAGUCAGAGACACAAUAUGCAGUCAGGGUCAGAUGUGACUGUGGUGUAGAUGGAAGAAGCAAGGAAAGCAUCAUUGUUAAUGUCUGCACAACAAAGCGUGAAUUUGCACGUCUGGCUGAGUACCUAAAACAUAUCAGCAAGAAAACAAACUCAAAGCUGCCCUCAGUUUACAAACUGCCCCUGGAAGAAAACGAUAUGGACAUAGAUGGAUGUCGGAGGUAUAUCUUCGGCAAAGAAAGCAUGAGGCAGAAUCGCACAAUAAUGCUUCUUGGAGCAACAGGAUCAGGAAAGUCUACUCUCAUCAAUGGAAUGAUCAACUACAUUGUUGGUGUAGAGUGGAACGACGGUUUCAGAUUUAAGUUAGUUGAUGAGGAUCCAACAAGUUCACAAGCUCACAGUCAGACAUCUGAAGUCACUGUGUAUGAAAUCCACCACCAGGAAGGCUUUAAAAUCCCGUUCUCCGUGACCAUUGUGGACACUCCAGGUUUUGGAGAUACAAGAGGAGUAGCAAGAGACAAGGAGAUCACAGAGCAAAUCCGCAGGCUUUUCACCUCUCCUAAUGGAGUCAGUGAGAUUGAUGCAGUGUGUUUUGUUACUCAGGCCUCUCUUGCACGACUAACAGCAACACAGAGAUAUGUGUUUGACUCGGUGCUCUCCAUUUUUGGCAAAGAUGUGGCAGAGAACAUUGAAAUGCUGGUGACAUUUGCUGAUGGCAAAGAACCACCAGUUCUUGAGGCAAUAACCGUUUCUGCAGUCCCGUGUCCAAAAAAUGAGUUAGGGCUUCCGGUUCACUUCAAGUUCAAUAACUCAGCAUUAUUUGCAGACAACAGAUGCAACAAAGACUGUGAAGUGGAUUUUGAUGAAGAUGAUGCCAGCUUUGAUGAAAUGUUUUGGAAGAUGGGAGCCAAGAGUAUGGAGAAGUUCUUCACUGCUUUGGGUAAAAUGGAAACCAAAAGCUUGCUAAUGACCAAAGAAGUCUUAAAGGAGCGCAAACAGCUUGAAACAGCCAUUGAAGGUUUGCAGCCACAAGUUAGAACUGGAUUAGCAAAGCUUGAAGAAAUUAGGACAACCAAAGAAAAGAUCAAAGAGUAUGAAGCAGUUAUAACUUCAAAUGAAAACUUUGAGAUUGAGGUGGAUGUUAUUAAACCAGUCCAAAAACCAAUCACAGAGAAAGGAGCAUUCAUCACCAACUGCCAGAAAUGUUCAAUAACAUGUCACUACCCAUGUGCAAUAGCACAAGAUAGUGAGAAACGUGGCUGUGCAUCAAUGGAUAUGAACGGCAUGUGCACUGUCUGUCCUGGAAAAUGCAUUUGGAGUGUGCAUUUCAAUCAGAAAUACAGCUGGGAGUAUGUUCAAGUGAAAGAGAAGCAGACAGUGCAAGAGCUGAAAAGCAAGUAUGAAACAGCUAAUAAAGAAAAGAUGACUGUUCAGGAACUGAUUGAGAGGCAGGAAGAAGAGAUUGUUCACCUUCAGGACAUGAUGGUGUCCCUCAUGGAUCAGUCAGCUCAGUGUAUAACUCGACUGCAAGAGAUCAGCCUGAGGCCAAACCCUCUGACAACCCCAGAGUACAUUGACAUGAUGAUUGAAGGAGAAAAAUCAGAGGCCAAAGAGGGUUACCAGGCUCGAAUCAAAUCUUUGGAGGCAAUGAAGGAGAGAGCAAAUCUUAUCUCCAAGGUAACGCGACGAGACAAACUUGCAAAAACGGAGGAGGAAUUAUCUGAAGAAAGAAAGGAGAAGACGGAAAAGCAAGGCUUUGUUAAGAAAGUUCUAAAUUUCUUUGGAUAUUCAGGUUAAUAUUACGAAGGUCUACAGAUAUGUCAGCAGCAUUAAGAGGACAUUAAAUGAUUUAAAAGAAAACUCCUGGAUUAAAUAAAUAUGUUACAAUUGAAGCUUUUUUCCAAGUCAAACUAAAGUUAUCAUGAUGUCAGGACUUAAAAUUCCAUUUUCAGGGUGUGAAAAGACUUUCAUUGUAAUUUUUCCACAGCUAAUAGAUCAAAAGCCAAACUAAUGUGAAUGCCAUGUCAUAU